AUGAUUGCCAUCAAUUUGUUCGUUUCUUUGUUUGCUCGGUUUGUUUUCGUUACUUUUUGUUGUUCCUCAUCAACCCGUGUUCCCUCCUUCCGUGAAGGUGGUUUUAAUCUGUUUGUGAAUCCGUUUUGUUUCUGUGUGUUUGUGUGUCUUUGUUGUUGUUGUUGUUGUUGUUGUUGUUUUGUUUUGUUUUGUUUUUUUGUGUCAUCUCACUUCAUCUCCUUCCCCAUUUUUUGUCUUUCCAUUAUGCAUGUGUACUUACAUUGCGUAUUCUUUUUUUUUUCCCCCUCUUCCUUCUUCUCUUCAGCUCUCGUACUUUUUGUCUUAUUUCCUCUUUCCUUCGCUACAUUCUGUUUUGGGGUCUGCAGCUGCCAAACAUAUAUAUAUAUAUAUGUUUUAUUUAUUUAA